GGGAUGAAUUAUUGGCGUUAGCUCAAUAUACUGUGGACUGUUUGAUACGGACUGGAGCGUUUUGACCUUUCAAACUUUACCUAUGAGUUUUUCGGAUGCUUCUUUGUGAUAUAUGUGAAAUAUAUGUGAUUCAACAUGAACGACGCAAAAAUUAGCGUGAGCUUUUCGUGCCAACGAUGUCUGCAACCAAUCCAUGUGGAUGAUACAUUUACUAGCCUAAACGAGCAUUCGCUCGCCGAAUUGGCGUUACCGAUUAAUGCCCACCUAGACCUAGAUUUGGAGUCGCAGUCAGUGAGCUUUGAUCAUCUGGUCAGACCAUUCCGUACUGCCGAAUCGACGAUUGAUACCAACGGCGGAUUCAUGCUGCUGUCGGACGGUCCGGACAAAGAAUCGCUUGGUCAACAUCUCCGUAUUAAAGCCGAACUCUUUGAUGCGCUAUCAAACAACUCAGAAAUAGAUCACCCGCUUUGUGACGAAUGUACCGAUACGCUGCUGGAGUUGAUGGACAAACAACUAAAAGUGGCCGAGGAGGAAUGGAACGAUUACAACAACUAUUUAAAACGGCUUGAAAUGACGGAUGAUGUCCCGGAUAUUGUGCAGCUUGAAGAGGAAUUGAGUGGGCUGAAGCGUGACGAAAGUAAACUUCUGGAAGAGUUGGCUAGCUUAUCCCGCGACGAACAGGCCAUCCGCCAGACAGUGGAGGAGCAAGAAAAAGAAAAGCAGCGACUUGAACGAGAGGAAGAAAAAUACUGGCGAGAGUAUACGAAGCAUCGGCGGGAUGUUAUCACCACGGAGGACGAAUUCCGUUCCCUCGAGUGCCAAAUGGCGUAUGCUCAAUGUCAGCUGGAUAAACUGAAAAAAACCAACGUAUUCAAUGCUACAUUUCACAUCUGGCAUUCGGGGCACUUUGGUACGAUCAACAAUUUCCGUUUGGGGCGGCUCCCAUCUGCGCCGGUCGACUGGUCGGAAAUUAAUGCCGCCUGGGGCCAAACCUGUCUGCUGCUGUCCGCCUUGGCGCGAAAAAUGAGUUUCAGUUUUAAGCAGUACCGUCUUGUGCCGUACGGUAAUCAUUCCUAUAUUGAACUACUUGGUGAAGGUAAGGAGCUUCCACUGUACGGCAACGGAGGUUUCCGGUUUUUGUGGGACUCAAAAUACGACGCGGCCAUGGUCGCGUUCCUCGAUUGUUUGCAACAGUUCAAGGAAGAAAUCGUUCGACGUGAUCCCGACUUCUGUUUACCUUAUCUGAUGGAGAAAGGAAAGAUCGAAGAUGCUUCGACUGGAAGCAGUUUCUCGAUUAAGAUUCAGUUCAACUCCGAAGAACAGUGGACCAAAGCGCUGAAGUAUCUGCUCACCAACCUGAAGUGGGUAUUAACCUGGGUGUCGUCUCAAUUCAUAGAGGAAAAACGAUGAAGGAUAGAACAGCAGAUAGAAUAAACAAUUAUUGUGUGGCGAAGCAAAUGUAAUAAACGUAUCAGUUAGAUACAAAU